CGGGGCGGCAGGGCCCGGCACAAUGGCCGGAGCGGCGGCGGCGGCGGGACAAUAGCCCACCCAAACCGCGCCGCGGCGGCCCGGGGGAACGGGGGGGACAAGGAGGAUGAGGAGGACGAGGGGAAGAACGACACCGACCCGGCGGGGUGCGUUGUGCGCGCGAUCGCUUUAAAUGAAAGGACCCACAAAGACCUCGGCGGUGUAUAAUGUGACAGGCAAACGCAACAUGGUGAUGAUGACUUGGGGGAAGAGGGAGGAAGGAGCCAACUGUGGCUGUGGCUCCCCCUGCGCCUCUCGCUCCCGGAGCGGGCUGCAGCGGCCGACAUAGAACAAGGAAGACAAUUCUCUACUAACCGUGGUUUUGACUGGCACGUACAGCACUUGCUUCCCUCCUCCAGCACCACCACUGACCUCGUCCGAGUUGCCGAGCUGGAAGCCUUUAGAUUUGACCCAGAAUUUGAAUUUGGCAUUAUCCGUGGAGCUCGACUCGGAGCCGUUCAGGAGCUGGACGAUCCGGUCGUAUUUUUUACGGGUCACCGUCUUGGUUUUUCCAGAGUCCCCGUAAGUCCUGAGACACCAGUCUUGAAACUGGCGGUACAUGUCCCGGUCGCUGCUCUCCAUAAUCUCCUAGUACACACACGCACACAUGCACACGCCGGGGCGCACACACACGCACACACACACACACACGGACAGACACACGGACACGCACACGAAACGGGCCGGGGUGCGGGGCCGGGCCGCCCCGCCGCACUUUGCACCUGUUCACCCAGCGCUCAUGAAAAAUGCAUCCACCUCCGAGCCGGAGCGAAGGAGGAUGCAAAACGGGUCUGGUGGAGGCUCCUCUUAUCCUUCCACGGUACGUGAUCAGUCUCUUUAAUAAUUGUGCAAGGCAGGACUAUCCCACUGGCUCCAGCAGCGUCUUACCCGGAGAGGGUUCGGUUGGAUAAAUAAUUAAAAUCCUAUCCCUCGGCUUAGCGAAAAGAAAAUACUGACUCGGAUCCUUCUUCUUUUCCAUACAUCAACUGCACCCGGAUUCACCCUGGAUAGUGCAGGUGAAGAAAAGAAAAAAGAAAAAAAAGGAGGGGGAAAGAAGAGGAAAAGCCCACCCUCCUCCACCCCGGCAGCCCUCGGCUGUCUUCUCCGAAGGCUUUCUGGGUUUUCUGUCUCUGUCCUGGCGGGCUGUGCCUCUUCCCAAAGCCGCCGCGCCGCGCAGGAUGGAGAAAGCACUGAAGGGCACACUGGUCUCUUUGCUCCCCCUUUAUUCCAAGGCUGGGCGGCUUUGCAUCAGAUAUCCCCGCUCCGGGCAUGAAGGUACUGGAAAGAAAGUUCUUACCUGCUAUUUUCUAAGCCUAAUGCAUCCGAUCCGCGUUUAAAGUACAUAUUUUUUAAUUUAAAAAAAUGGUCUGUGACCAUUCACUUCCUCAUAUUGAGUCCCACUGAAUUUUAAUAUGCCCUUUUAGGAAUUUUCCUCUAUUUAUUUACUUAGCAAUCCCAGCCGAUGGAGGGACAAGGAAAAAAAAAAAAAAAGGAAAGAAAGAAAAGGCCAGAUAUAUACAAGAUAGGCUCAGAUAUUGGACCAAAGGAGAGAUCAGUCCCAGGAGGAUGUUGGUACAGGAAAGGAGGCGGCUCUCGUUGCUCUGCCAGUGUAAUGAUGGUGCUCACACAUGUAGGACUCCUCGGGUGCGGGGUAUCCUUUGGUCUCUGGGCUAAACUGGCUACAAGGCAUUCAAUUUCAGUUCACGCCGGAGAUCUCCGCGCUCUCCCCGGUCUCCCCCGCCGCGUCAAGCAGGACACCCCCUCCGUUCGGGGGGAAAGGCUCCGCCGUGGCGCUUCCUCUCGUCGCCUCUCCGCGGCCGCGCCCGCCCGCGCCUCCGCCAUCCAGUGCCCGGCUCCGCGCCCCCGCCCGCAGCCGUGCGGCACCUCCGCGGCCGGGGAGCGCGUCCGGCCCGCGCACGGCUGGGGAUGCGCCGGGGCCGCCGCUCGGCUGGGCUGGGCUGGGCUCAGGCGCUCCGCUCCGCGCUGCGCUCCGCGGCGGGCUGGCGGCGGCGGCGGCGCACCGGGCCGGGCCCAGCGCCGCUCCGCGCCCCCCCCGCGCCCUGAUUGGCCGCCGGGACAAAAGUUUCUGUGGCGACGGCGGCGCGGCGCCGUGACGGGCAGCGCUGUCCCAUGUCGGGAUGCUCCCGCCUCCGCGGCCGCGCACCCUGCCCGGGCCGCCGGGGACGGGGAGGGGGGGAUACGCGGGGGGAAAGAGAGGCGAGGGCAGCGUUUCCAUGGCGAUGUCUCGGGGCGCAGUCCCCCCCCCCCUCCCGCCUCUCCGCGCGCAGACGGAGCGAGUGGAUCAGCUGACACUUCAUUAGCUGAGGACCUAAUUAUUGCUUAUUGGAGCAAGAAACGCGCGCAGGGCCGCGGCGGGGGGCUGACGGCCUCCGCGCCCCCGCCGGCCAUCCCCGUCGGCAGCCUCUUCCCCCGCGCUGCCGGCGGAGCGCAGGAGGAGCGGCGGUACCACGCACUUUGCGCCGCACUGGCCGGCGGGGCCGCGGCGGGCCCGGUGGGGUCCCUGCGGGACACGUGGCCGCCGCCGGGCCGGGCUUUCCCUCGGAAACGGAGAGCGAAGCCCCUCCGCCGCCUCCCCCGCGGCUCGGCCCCCGCCCGGCGGAGCGGAGGGGCCGCGAUCCCCCGAGCGCCCCCCUCCAGCGCUCCCCGCAUCUCCUGCCCAAUUGCGGGACCCUCCGCAUAGCCCGCCUCCGCGGAGCAGCCGCGCCUUGGGCUCCGCGGGCGGGAGCUCGGCACCGCACCCCGCGCUGCGGCGGUCAUUGGGUGGGAGGGGAGCCCAAAAUCCACCGCAGCCCAACCACGUGCCCUUUUCGCCUUCAGUGCGCUGACACGAAGGAGGCCGCGGACCUCGCGUGCUGUAGUUCGGGUGUCUUCUGCAGAAGUCCCACCUGUGCCUGGGUAUCCAGCCACUCGGGACCUGGAAGGGCCCCGUGCAAAGACAGCUGUGUGUUUUUCCUGCCCAGGCUUGGGCAGUGGCAAGCACCCUCCACUUUCACCACCUUGGAUCCUGCAGGAAAAGGAUGCAAUGGGCUGUGGUGCCAGCAAAACUGUUUAUACCGAGCCUAGAUUUCUAGUGUAAAAGGGGAAGGUUCUCAGAGUGCCAGAAGCCAUUCAUCGCAUGCCCCAGCCAGGACAUGGUGGUGCAUCGGGCUGGCCCUGUGCAUGAGCAUCUUAACCCCGGCCUCCAUCUCCCCACCUGUCCCAGUUCGCAUGUACCUGUCCUCUCCUCUCUCCUCUCCCCCCCUUUCCCACCUCCCAUCUCCUUUUUACCUCCAGUCCCGUGUUUGCUUUUCUGCUUUCUGUCUAGAAACACCACUGCAAACACAGGUAAGGCCAGGAUAGGACUGUUGUUUAAAAGCAGCGUGCUGAAGGAUGUCUGUGCCAAGACCUUUCCCGGCAUCUGUAAAAUCUGAGAGGACAAGCUGGCACAAUGGGCAGAGAAAAGUAGGACUUAGAGAUAACCCAAGGAGGCCUGAGACUUUUUGUUGGCCACAGGGCCCGUAAAUUAUCUUGGCAGCCCCGUUUUAGUGUUAGAGGAGCUCGGGACUCCCGUUCCAUCACAGGAUCUGGAGGAGAAGCAGUAACAAAGGAACUGCUGUGCAGAAGGGAAGCAAGGGGAACCUCACUGAACCCUUACCCAGCAGGCUUUAUGAGAUGUAACAUUACUUUAAUGUGCCAUUAGAUCUACAUUUAGAAAAAGGGUCAUAACAUAGAUUGGGCUGCACUGCUAAACAAUUCUGUCAGAUAAUUGUUCUCAACCCAGCCUCCUGCUGAGGGUCUCAGUAACUUCUGUAUCACACUGAUACUGUGCUAUGCCUGAAUCCAAAGUAUGCACACAGAGCAAGGAGGGGAAAGGAAGAUGUGUCAGAGACAGGAGUUACAAUCCAGACAGUUAUAGCAUGGUUGAGUGAAAUGUUUGAAAUAAGCAGGAGUGGUUUAGUAUAUCAGAAAAUAAUUCUGUAGAUGGGAGUAUUACUUUGGAUCAUGUAACGAGCCCUAUGCCUUCCCAGCAGAGACAAAUUCCUAAAAUUCAAUCAAGUUUGGACUAUGCUUUAAAAAAA